AUGAACGACCUCAAGAAUGUCUAUAACACAGAUCUAACAGACGAACUGUAUAAUCUCGACAAUGAAGAGAAAGCCUUCUUCAAGGCGGUGACCAAGAUCGAGGACGAUGAGGAGUUGAAGCAGCAUAUCAUCGCAGUGCAAACGAAGGCAUACGCCAUAUAUAGGUAUCCGUGCAUACGGAUAUUUGAGUUUGCAAGGCUGAAGAUAUCGAGGCUGCCAGCAUACCCGAAGCUUUUGGAACUUGGGAGGGAUAGGAACGACGCACUAUUUCUCGACCUCGGAUGUUGCUGUGAGUCUAUGAUCGGCAACGACGCGAGGAAGGCAGUUCAGGAUGGCUUCCCCAUCGAAAACGUCGUGGCGUCCGAUCUCCACGCAGACUUCUGGCAAUUGGGCCACGAGAUGUUCCGCUCGACACCGGAGUCCUUCCCCGUUCCAUUCGUCCAAGGCAGCAUCCUCGAGCCCUCCUUCCUCUCGCCUAUCCCAAUACUCAGAGAACCCUUGCCAGUUACCAGCCUCGUUCCAGAUAUUCACUCACCCACUCUCAAAUCACUCAACCCUCUUCGCAGCCAUCUCUCCGCCAUCUUCUGCGGCGCCUUCUUCCAUCUCUUCGACGAGACUACCCAAUACCAUAUUGCACGCUCUUUAGCAUCCCUACUCUCGCCUCAGCCUGGCUCGAUGAUCUUCGGCGUCCAUGGCAGCAGGAAGGAAGGUGAGAAAGAGAAGGGCUUUUGGCAUCCGACCGGUAGCGAAAGGUGGAUGUUCUGUCAUUCCGUAGACAGUUGGACAGCACUCUGGGCGGAAAUCUUAGGCGAGGUCGGCGCGAAGGUCAAGGUAGAGGCGAGAGUCACGAAGGAGAUUGGGGGAGAUGACUUGUUCGGGACAUACCCUGGGAACAAGGAGCCGUAUCAUGUCAUGGAGUGGAGUGUUACCAGACUCUAA